CGUUCUAACCCAGUGAACGCAGACGUACUAGACCAUACCUGAUCUGCAGCCGGUAGCGAGCGAGGGUUUCCGGAGAUGACGACGAUACGCAGAUUUUGCUGCAACGAUCUCCUUCGCUUCACCUCCGUCAAUCUCGACCAUCUCACCGAAACUUUUAACAUGUCCUUCUACAUGACCUAUCUUGCAAGAUGGCCCGAUUAUUUCCACGUCGCCGAAGGCCCUGGUAACCGAAUCAUGGGUUACAUUAUGGGUAAAGUAGAGGGGCAAGGAGAAUCUUGGCAUGGCCAUGUGACUGCAGUGACCGUCGCUCCAGAGUAUCGCAGGCAGCAGUUAGCUAAGAAGCUUAUGAAUCUGUUGGAAGACAUCAGUGACAACAUUGACAAGGCUUACUUUGUUGAUCUCUUUGUGAGGGCAUCAAAUGCACCAGCCAUCAAGAUGUAUGAAAAGCUUGGUUAUGUGAUUUAUCGACGAGUGCUGCGCUACUAUUCUGGGGAAGAAGAUGGUUUAGAUAUGAGGAAGGCAUUGUCCCGUGAUGUUGAAAAGAAGUCCAUCAUCCCUCUUAAACGGCCGGUCACUCCUGAUGAACUAGAGUAUGACUAAAUGUGCUUUCCAUGCAACUCUGCUGCAUGAUCUUAUUGUGUCUCAAAGCAUAAUAUAUUUGUUAGGUAUCAUAUGGUAAUUAAUUCAAUUAUUUCCAUUUGUUUAAUUAUCUUAGUUUGUAAUAUUUCAAAUUUUGAAGUAGUAGGAUGUACACUUUUGAAAGUUAUUCUUACACUACUAGAUUACUGACCUAUGUUUAAAAGUAAACCCUGUUUGUACUUUGAUAGGUUAGGUUGUCAAUUUGAGAUGAAUUGAUCAUAUUGUGUUGGACCUUGGAAGGUUUAAUAAAUGGAAAAUGACCCUAGAAGAUAAUCUUAACAUUAUGAAUAA